CGGUCCCCACCGGCCUCACAUGGGCGUCCACAGCCAAGAGCACCAAGGCCUGGCCCGCGUCCGAAGUCGCCGCCCCGCCAGCUGGCGGCGCCAUCUCCGGUCCGUCCAACUCCGGGUCCCCCGAGCCAGCUUCCGUGGUAUCGGGCCGCCGAGAGCUUCCACCGGCCGGAAAUAGAGGCCGCGAGCUUGGGGUUCCGGGCGCCGCCAAUGUCAAGAUCCGGGGGCCGUGCACCGGCCCAGCCUGAUGCCUGCGAAGAGCAGGCACGGCCCGGGAUCUCCGACACGGGCUGCACGAGACUGGCAGCAGAUACGAAGUCCGAGGCUGUUACGUUUGAGCUGGGUCUUGAGGACAAAGUAUUAGAGACCGAAACACUGGACACAACUGGAAAGGGGGAGCGGCCUCUCUGCCGUAGAAGCUCGGGAGCCCGGUGGGGGGGGAGGCGGAGGUCGCUGGUUCGCACGCUCGCUCGCUCGCCAAGGCGGUCCGUGGCGGUCGGCGGCAGGUCGGUCGCGAGAGCGGACGCUGUGCAGGGGGCGAGGCUAUGUCGCGGCGGCAGCCGGGGUGGGCCAGCAGGGCCGGGAAUAACGGGACGUCGCGGCGGAGCUUCUUCCCCCGGAUACAGCGCGGUCCGAGCGGAGGCCGCGGCGCCGCCCUUCGGUCCUGAGGAGCCCGCGCGGCGCGAAGCCCGUCCCACCUUC